ACGCAGCGGAACUAGGAAGGCGUGGUUUCCAAGCAGCGUUCUGAUUGGACGUGGCCUCACAAGAGUUCGUGGUAGGCAGUGUGACGUUAGGCCCGCUGUCCUUUUCUGUACUGGAGCGGCAGCGGCGAUUGCAGUUUGCAGCUGCGGUUUGGAGAGCGGAGUUAGUAUCCCCGGACGGGAUCGCGGAGGACAUUGAUACAGCAGGCUGGUUUGGGGUCUCCACGCUUCACGUCUCCUCUUCUCAGCUUCACCGUUUGGCCAAACAUGGACAUGUCACAUGACCACCACCACCAGCACGCCUCCAUGGAAACGACUGCGGGUUCCCAUGGCAGCCACUUUGCCCUGGAAACAACUACAGAUUCCCAUGGCAACCACGUUCCCCCCAGCGCCAUGCCCGACCACGGGGGUGGAGGGGGCCACAUGAUGAUGCCCAUGGUCUUCUACUUUGGGUACCAGCAAGUGGAGCUGCUCUUCUCAGGACUCGUCAUCAACAGUGCGGGAGAGAUGGUGGGAGCCUGCAUCGCUGUGUUCUUGCUGGCUGUGCUCUACGAGGGGCUGAAGAUCGGCCGCGAGUUCCUGCUGCGGAGGUCACAGGUCAGCGUGCGCUACAACUCCAUGCCGGUCCCGGGCCCCAGCGGCACCAUCGUGAUGGAGACGCACAAGACUGUCGGCCAGCAGAUGCUCAGCCUGGCUCACCUGCUGCAGACUGUGCUGCACAUCAUCCAGGUGGUGCUCAGCUACUUCCUCAUGCUCGUCUUCAUGACCUACAACGGCUACCUGUGCAUCGCUGUGGCCCUGGGAGCCGGCACCGGCUACUUCCUCUUCAGCUGGAAGAAGGCAGUGGUGGUGGACAUCACCGAGCACUGCCACUAACACUGACCAUCCGGACCAGACCAGACCAGACCAGACUGCCUCUCACACACACACCCCAACUCUCACUCUCUCUCUCUUUCUGAAACUGCACAUGGAGCAAUCAGGGAAUCCCCAAACUCCUUAAUAAUCCCUCAUCAUGAAGGGAGCUGUAGCCCUCGUAGCGACCCCAGCACUGAUACACUGAUACCAUGCAGCGCACUGGCCUGUGUCUGCAGGGAUAAUGGCACACCUGCUUAUAGCUCAGUGAACAGGACUGCUGGGAGCUGAUGCAGCCAAACCUGUCUGAACACCCAGAUGCAGUAUUCUGGUUACCUGGAGCUGUGGAAGCCCUGCCCAGUGUCCUGGAGCUGUCCAAUCAGAUUGAAAAUAAGCCUACUCUCCAUCACCCCGUCUUCAUGACAACAUUUAAUACAGAGUGGAGAUUCUGCAUCUCCUUUCCAGGUGUGCCCCCCGUUCUCCAUUCAUAGACAUGCAAGAAGCCCAUAAGUCCUGCCUGACUGCAGCCAGGCUCUCUUCUUGAAGUUUAGGAUCAGUCCUGCCUGACUGCAGCCAGGCUCUCUUCUUGAAGUUUAGGAUCAGUCCUGCCUGACUGUAGCCAGGCUCUCUUAUUGAAGAAGUGCCUGCAGUUCACUCUUUUUCUAAGAAAUAAUAUAUAUUUUUUUCUCUGUAAAUCCGUUAUGAUCGUGAUCUAGAACAGCAGAAGAAGAUAAUUUAACCUUUUUUUUUAAAUUUGAAUUCUUUGCAUUCAUUUUUUAUUGUGGUAGAAAGAAUGACACGUGAUGCAGCGAUUGUGAAUUCUGAUUAUCUGAAAUCAAAGAUGAACCAGAGUGCUUGGUUGCUGCCUGGAGUUUUCAGUUUUGUGUAUUUUACCAGCGUGUCUCUCUUUAUCUUAACAAUGCCUUAUUCACUGGACAAUGGGAGACACAAGUUAAAUGUUUUUAACAAUGUAACACUACGGGGCCACUUUUGUCCUCCCAAACGGUUGGAACGGGGCCCCAUGUUGCUCCAAAGCCAAGCUGAGAGCGGGCAGAGGGAACCCCUGCAGAGCUGCCCCCAGGUACCACAAUGAGAUCCAGACUGAACUCUCGGAGUCCCUUCACAGUGUGGGGACAGCACGGGCUCCGGAGUGGAUCCUUGAAAUCCGAGCGUGGCACGGCGGUCCCUUCAGAGACAGGGCUGUCCUGUUUAUCUAGUUCAGGGUUCAAGCAGCUUUUCCAAGCGCUCUUGAGUAGAGCUCUGCACAAGCGUCUCACGUUUAAAUGUGUACGUUUGUUUAGUGUUGUAAUCAAUCAUUCAAGAUUAAAAAAAAUCUAUCAAA